AGAGAGAGAGAGAGAGAGAGCGCUAGCUGGGCUGUCGUGAAGUGUCGUGGUGCAUGACUUAAAAAGUUUCCUUUUUUUUUUAAAAAAAAAAAACCCGUUCUGUUACUAUUUGCACGCAUAUUUCUCCUCCUCGGAGGUUUACCUCCUAUUCGCUGCAUGCAAUCUCCUUUCCUCCUCUUGGUCUCCUUUUAGUCCUCUCUCCGUCGAUCUCUGACAAAUCUCUCCCCUUGGAGCCCUUAAAUCGUCUCUUUCGUCGCCGGAUCGAUCUGUCUUUCGAGUUCUUGCUGCCUUUUCGAGCUCGCCGGAGAGAUUGAUUUCUGUGGAGGAGGUCGGUUGUGAGAUCGGAACGAACUGUUGACUUGAUCGCGGUUGUCGACAAAAGAAACAAGGAGAAGUAGAAAGGAGUGGUUUGUGGAUCAGCAGGUUGGUGGAACUGGACGUGAUUCAGGAUGACGACGAAGCGGUGCAUGAACGUUGCUUGUGGAGCCACUACACCGGAGGGCGAGUGGAAGAAGGGAUGGAGGCUGAAAUCGGGCGGAUUCGCGAACCUCUGCAACAAGUGCGGGAUGGCAUAUGAGCAGUUAAUUUUUUGUGACAUGUUUCACCAAAAUGAAUCUGGGUGGAGGGAGUGUCUUUUUUGCGGCAAGUGCCUACAUUGUGGAUGCAUUGCUUCAAAGCUUUCAUUCGAUCUGCUUGACAAUGGAGGAGUUCAAUGUAUUAGCUGCAUGAAGAAUUCAGAACUUUCCUUUGUUUCAAGUGAAGUCGUGCAAAAAAUUUUGCCUCAACACAAUCAAAGACUUUUUUCUCUCUCAACUAUAAAGGUAAAAGAUGAAAAGGUGAAUAAUGUUGAUCGAACAAUUGUAGGUAGUGCCGGUGAGUUGCCAACCGUUUCUGCUAAUGGUAGAAUGGGUGUUAGUGCUAUUGGUAAGGGAAAGGUGGCUAUGUGGUUGGGCAAAAAUAUUGACUCUAAUCAACAAAGAAUGGUAGAUAUAGAGCAGACAAAGAAUGAAAAUGGAUCAUUUCAACAUAUCAAAUGGAACCGCUUGGCCCCUGAUGCAGCGGAGGUAGGAAGGUUGGCAUUGGGGACUUCAAAUGCUGAAAGGCCUCUUGUUAUGUUGCCCCCACCUAAUGCACUCACUGAAGGAGGGGACGAAAAUAAAGCUUCCUCUGCAUUUCAACAAAUUCAAAGGAUUCACCAGAAUCUGCCACAGCUUCCAAAGCUAGGUAGUGGAGCUACUACAGAUGCAUCAAAAGAUGGAGUUUCACAUAUGCGUGUGGCUAGGCCACCUGCUGAGGGAAGGGGCCGGAAUCAACUACUUCCACGCUAUUGGCCAAGGAUCACAGAUGAAGAACUACAGCAAAUAUCGGGAGAUUCAAAUUCUACAAUUGUACCAUUAUUUGAGAAGGUCUUGAGUGCAAGUGAUGCGGGUCGUAUUGGACGUUUAGUUCUUCCCAAAGCUUGUGCUGAGGCUUAUUUUCCUCCAAUUUCUCAACCAGAAGGCCUUCCACUGACUGUUCAAGAUGCAAAGGGUAAAGAAUGGCAUUUCCAGUUCAGAUUUUGGCCAAAUAACAACAGCAGAAUGUAUGUCUUAGAGGGUGUUACUCCAUGCAUACAGUCACUUCAAUUGCAAGCAGGUGAUACAGUGACUUUCAGCCGGAUAGAUCCUGAAGGAAAGCUCGUGAUGGGCUUUAGAAAGGCAACAAAUACUUCACCUUUGCACGAUUCUCAGAUUUCUGCCAUUGCCAAUGGUGCUCUUGGCAAUGAAACAUUCUUCCAUGGUGUAAAUGAGAACCUACCUACAGUAAGUGGUUAUUCUGGACUUCUUUGGUCACUAACGAGAGCUGCAGAUCUACAAUUGAGUUCUCAAUCUAAAUCUCUAAAUUCAGCUGAUGUGGAUAUUAGUUAUCAUCAGACAGAUAAGCAUGGAGGCAGGCCAAAUGAGGGACUACAAUUGCUGCUCAUCCAAAAGCGAAGUCGCAAUAUUGGUGCCAAAUUUAGGAGGAUGCAUAUGGACACUGAAGAUGCUUUGGAGCUGACGCUGACCUGGGAGGAGGCUCAAGACUUGCUGCGUCCAGCUCCAAAUGCCAGACCUAGCGUUGUCAUGAUUGACGAUCAUGAAAUUGAAGAAUAUGAUGAACCCCCAGUUCUUGGGAAGAAAACCAUUUACACAGCACGACUUACAGGGGAACGAGAUCAAUGGAUUCAAUGUGAUGAUUGCUCCAAAUGGCGUCGGUUGCCUGCGGAUGUUCUUCUUCCUUCAGUAUGGACAUGUGCUGACAACAUGUUAGACCCAAAGAGAUCUUCAUGCUCUGCACCAGAAGAAUUGAGUCAGAAAGAUCUGCAAAGUCUUCUCCAGCAGUAUGCAGAUCACAAGAGGCAGCAGAAGAAUGCUACUUGUAAAAGGAACUUUGCAGAGUUGGAUGCAUCAACUGGUUUGGAUGCCUUGGCCAAUGCUGCAGCUCUGGGGGAUGAUUGUAAUCAAACCACAUCCUCAGUUGCAACGACAACCAAACAUCCACGGCAUCGCCCUGGGUGCACAUGCAUUGUGUGCAUCCAGCCUCCAAGCGGAAAGGGCCCAAAGCAUAGCCCUGCAUGCACAUGCAACGUUUGUCUGACGGUCAAAAGGCGCUUCAAAACACUAAUGUUGAGGAAAAAGAGACGCCAGUCCGAGCGUGAGGAGGCCGAGGCUCAGAAGAGGAAUGCUUGGGGCAACAAGGAAGAACUUGAGGGAAGCAGCUCAUCAAGAAAUGUUCGGCAUCCUGAUGCCCAUCAGGAGAGUGAGUUGGUGCAUCAAACCGUCAUCGAGAAGCUUGACACGAGCAAGAGGCAGAUAGACUUGAACUGCCAUCCUGGGCGUGAUGAGGUUCCACAAGCAGGGCCACCCAGGCAGAGCAUGAUGAGCCUUCUCCAGGAGGCAAACCUCCCCUUGGAGACGUAUCUGAAGCAGAGUGGGCUCGCCAGCUUGGUGGGUGAGCAAGGGAGCUCAAGCUUACCUACAGUUCCACAGGGGCCCGGCGAGAGCGAGGGAAGAACAGCUGAUGAGAGUUAUUUUGCUUCUGUGGUGCAGGAGGGGGAUGGUGGUGCUGAGGAAGGGCAUGGUGGUCCAGACAAGGCAAGAAGUGAUUCUGCUUGAAAAUAUUUUCUUCCUGUCAGAAGUGGUAUCAAAUUUUGAUAAGAAUCAGAUGGUGCGAUGUGUGUACAUCUGUUGGCAGUUUGUAGACUUGUCCCUUUUUCUUUCUUUUACAGUGUUCUCUUCAUUCAUUUGAGUUGGUGAGAGGUAGUUACAUCAGGAGAUGAAACCUGAGCAUUUUGCGAUAGGUAAUGACAUGUUUAUAGCCAAGGGAUGUUCUUUCCAACAUGAAUGAAUUUAGUAUAAUAUUUAUAGUUCUUAA